UCCCAGAAUGCAUCAGAACAUAUUCACUCUGUAAUGGUUAUGUUCAGAUUCUCUGCCGAUUGUGGUAAACAACGUUAGCUUGAUUUAAACACGAAGGAGUAAACAUUUCAAUGUAUUCUUCAAUUAUAUAGAAUUUCGCCUACACUGAGGAAACCGGCUUGCGUGAUGGCGGACAGCCCCGGAGAUGAUGACUUUGAAGAUUAUGACAAGCCAGGUGCAGAGAGAUCACGCAGGAGGAGAGGCGAAGAUGAUUUAGACAGUGAUCUUGAGAGUGAUUUGCUGGAGGAGGAUUGGCUGACAGCCAAAAAGGAUCCCUCAGAAGUGUCAGAUGAGGAAUUGAACGAUGACCUUCUACAAAGCGAUGAAGAAGAUCUAAACAUCGGCCAGGGCGUUAGCCUCAAUGCUACUCUAUGCGAAUUUGACCAGCAGGUGAACCCUAUAGACUACCCAGAAAAAGGAGAUAUAGAGGGGGGCUACCAGCAGGAGGGGGGAGAGUACAUGGGCGAGUACAGCCUGCCCAAUGACAUGGACAUACCAGACGGCCAAAUGGAAUACUCAGGAGAACAGGCUGGGGGCGACGGAGUGUUAGACAUUCAAAUCAAUGAGCCUCUAGACGAUGAAUUUCAAGCGGAUGAUUACUCACCAAGCUAUGGAGGUGGAGAAAAGCAGGAGGAGAAGGCAGCGCAACAGGAAGCCCCAGAGGAGGAGGAGGAGGUCUCUCAGCUCGCAGACACAGAGGCUGAGAAUGAAGCAGAGCCAAAGGAAGAAGUGAAGGAGGAGGAAGAUGAGGAUGAAGAGGAAGACGACGAUGGAGAGUCUGGCCGGUUGCGUUUCAAAACGGAGCGUAAAGAUGUCACGUCUGGUGUUGUGCGGCUGGCGGAUGCGGGAACCAAAAGACGGAACAUUCCUGAAACAUUAGAGCUGUCUGAAGAGGCCAAAGCAGGCCUGAUGGAGUUUGAGGAGAAGGAGCGCCAGAGGAAGCAGGGCCGCUUUGGAGGCCGAGGAGGAGAUAGAGGAGGAUUCAGAGGUCGAGGAUUAAGAGGGAGGUUCCCCGGAUUUGGUAUGGGAGACUUUGGUGGAGGAAGAGGACGAAUGAAUGACCUGAGGCUCCCAAUGGUGCCUCUACAUAUGGGCAUGCAGCUGUCUCCCUCCCGAAUGACUCCCCCUCACCCACGUCAUCAUCGUCAGGGUGGCCCUCGAGGGCCCUCCUUCCAGGAGCACAGCGGCGGCCCGCUGGCCCUACAGCCCCUCCUCCCCCUGCACAUGGCCCAAUGCGGGGCACCAGUCAGGCCCCAGACGGACCCACCACACCGCAUGAUGAGUCCCCCUCCCUCACACAACCACCAACAGCAGCAGCAGCCCAAGAACAUCCACAUCAACCCCCAUUUCAGGGGUCCUGCAUCCUCCCCUGCACAAGUGCCCUUGCUGCCUCCUGCCCAGAGCCAGCCCAGACCUGCUGUGGGUCCUCAGAGGUUCCCUCGACCAGGGGACUUCCAGCAACAGCACGUGCCGGGUAAUUUCGGCCAGAGGCCCCCCCAUCACAUGGAGCCCUGGAGGAACCAGCCUCCCCCCACCCCCCAGGACAGAGAGCCCUUCUUCAUCGGGGAGCCUGGGCGGUUCCCAGGGCAGCAGCUGCUCAUGUUCGAUCACCAGAACCCCGGCUUGCUCAUGAACAGUAAUAACCACCAGCUCUCCAGCCAGGGCCACAUGGCCUUCAACCAGCCACGCCCAGGGGGGUUCAACCAGCCAGGCCAGGGUCCUGGGGGCCAGCUAGGGAUGUUCCAGAGAGAGCCACCCAGACCUAACCUGCCUCCCCAGGGCCACCCCCAAAGCCACCAGGGCAUGGCCAGCCUGACUGGGCACAGUGGACCCACUAACACCAGGCUCUUCAUGGGCCACCGUCAGACCGGCUUCCCCCAGCAGCAGGGGACUCCCGGGCCGUUCCCCUCACAGCAGCUCCAGUUUGGGAUGCAGGUACGGAUGAGAGGCUUGAUGCAGCACGGCCUUCUCCACUCGCAGCUCCAGCAUCACGACUUGCCUCUAUCCCAUCAGCAGCAACAUCAGCAGCACCAUAGACAGGACCUGUCUCAGCCGCCUCUCCAGCACCACUCUCACCCCCAUCCCAACGAGCAGCGGCAAGGCCCCAUGAUGCAUCGCGGUGGGCAGGGCCAGCCCCCCUUCCACCAGCAGCAGCACGGCAGCCCCAGACAGAUGCACCCUAGCGGGCCCCGCCCCCAGAACUUCCAGCAGCGUAACGCCCCCAUCAGGCCGAGGAUGAGCCCCCCUGCCCCCAAACUCAUUCCCCAGCGCAACAGCAACCUCCGCGAGCUCCCCGUGGCACCUGGCAACCAAAACGCGAACAACGUCCGCCCGGCCUCUGCGCCAAACGCCUCCAACGUCAGGCCCGUUGCCAGGGCAAUGCAAGGAGGGGCGCGAACGGGCCUGAACCCUCGGCCGGUACCCGGCGGUGGCAGAGGAAGAGCCCAGCCUGCUGCUGCCAACAAGGCUGCAGCACAGCUACCUGGGCCACUUGGAAGAACGGUGGUUCGCAGGGAUUCCACAAGCACUCUGCCAAACACAGCAGUACAGGAUCCGGACGAGGACGAGGAGACGCGGCAGUACCGUCUGAAGAUCGAGGAGCAGAAGCGUCUCCGGGAAGAGAUCCUGAAGAGGAAGGAGAUGAGGAGGCAGAUGCAGGCCAUCGUCCGCAAGAAGGAGCUACUGGAACGCAUCAACGGCCAGGGUGACCCACAACAACAACAGCUGCAACACCACCAACAACAACUGCAGCGUCCGUUUCCUCCUAAACCGCAACAGCCCCAGCAAGGCACUUCUGCUUUCCCUCCCAGCGGCACCCCACAGACGCCCACCGCACUCCGCCAGAACGUCAAGACCCACCUGACCAAGGGUGAGCAAGCACCGGCUCCAGGCUGGCAGGGCGGCCAGCAGGGGAGCAACACUGGCCCCGGGUGCCCUGGUCCCAACCCUCACCAGCAGGCCCAGUGGCAACAGCAACACGGACAGCAGAGGAGGAACGUUACCCAGCUGAACCCUAUCAGACCAGGUGGGGCCCCUCCCAUGGGGAACAUGCCCAUUCAGGGAGUCCCGGUGGCGGGUCUGGGUUCCGGCCAGGCCCAGUCUCUGGGGCCUAAAUCAGGGGUGAAGAGAACUGUGAUGCAGCGAGCCAACAGUGGAGACGGAGCGGGUCCACAAGUUCCACAGAAAGUAAGAGUGGUCAAGCUUCUAGGAGGGGGAGGAGAUGUGAGUGGUGCCAGCGUCCCAAUCCAGCAGCAGGCCGCCAGGCCAGCCCCCCAGAUCCGCCAGUGCCCAGUGAGGAAGGUAACCCUGGCCAGCCCCCUCGGAGGACUGCCCAUACAGGGCCUGGUCACACAGGUGGGCAGAGGGGGCAUGGGCAACAGGGUGGUUGUCCCGGGGUGUGGCAGAGCCAGCGGGGCCGCGGGAGGGACGGGUCACCUGGGCCGGGGGCGCCUGAUUCCUACCAGACAGAGCCAGAGAGGGGCAGAGGACAGCCAGGCCUGCACUGUGUCCAUAGACGGCCUCUCCACAUCCACCACCGACGCGCAGCUCCGGAACUUGCUCAACUCAAUCGGCCCCAUCCAGAUGUUCAAAAUGCUGCCCCAGCAGAGGAAAGCCAUUGCCAAAUUUCACAAUCCCCAGCAUGCCUUGAGUUUCCAAGUCAGCUUCAACAGGCAUAUGAUAGAUUUGUCCCAUAUUGAUGUGUCACUGAUUGAUGUCUGAAGCCGCGCGGUAGAGGGUGGCGGCGAGUGCCCAGUGCAGGACGUCACGCCUGACGCUCAUGUGGCUUGGAGGUUCCGGUGUACAGAUCCUUCAGCUAUAUGUAACAACAGCUCUAUGGAACACACAGAACCUACACAGCACCCUCAUCCUCCUCACAACAAGCACCCCCGACCUCCUUGCCUGCUGACGGAUCUACUGAGGAAAACUUCAACACAAAGCAGCAUGUUUUGCUCAUGUUUGAAUUUCCAUAAAGGGGGAGCUUCAAUGCCGGUUUCAUAUGACAAAUAUGUUUAUGGUCACUGGUCUGGACACUUGGACAGACGUGACUAGAGGGAAGAUGCUGGAUAGUCUGUGAUUUUUCAAACUUUGACAGAAGGAAUUUGAGAUGAGUAAAAGGCUUGUGCAUCGGGCACUAACGACAACAAGAAGUAGUGGUUGACACUGGAUAAUGGUUGCUCCCCACCCUCAGCUCAGUUGUGAACACCAUCUAUAUCAACGAUUAGGGAAAAGAGUUUAGGAGAUUUAACUUGUACCUGGAGAUUUUACACAUUUUCUGAACAGGUGUUUUUGAUUCGAAGCAAGCUGCUGAUGUAGGUCUUGACUGAAAGAAAUGGGUGUAGAAUAGGUACGAAGCUUGCCACUACAUAUUUUCCUUUCUGGCAGUGCCAUUUUCCUUCUACAAAUGGCAGCAUUUCAUAAUUAUUGUGGAUUGGAUGCGAUGGGUUGACUUUUUGGGUUUAGAGCCCUUCCUCAAGUAGUGUUUCAUUCCUGAGUAAAUGGCACAGCCUAGUGGAGAAUUGAAUCCAUUUAAAAAUAUAAUCUGGUUUGAGGGUAUGAUUAUGGGGAUUCAAACUUGACCGUGCAUCAGGUAACGAUUCCAAGGAUUUUUAUUCAAAUAGAAUUUAGAUUGAUUAGCCAUGCAAAUAUAGGACGUUCUUAACCUAUUCCUAACAGAAUUUCACAGUUCUGUUAAAGAAAGCCCUUUUGACUGGCCACCAUGUCUUCACCUUUCACUUCUGGAGGAAUACUAGGCUGGAUGACAUGGAUAAAUAGUGUGUAUUUGUUAGGUUUUCUCUACAUUUUAAGGUCAUUGACGUUACGCGGAAAGACUGGUUUAAUUGUCCUUAUGAUGCUAGUGUGUCCAUUUUGACCGUUUAGCGUUACUUGAUCAUUGGAAAAAUGUGUCCUUUAAUAGGGAGCCGUUAGUUUAGUCUUUUAACUGGGUGAACAUGAAUAGGGUGUCUACGCUUGUGUGGUCUCGGAAUCCGUUUUAGACUUUAUUGACAUUUUUGGGAUGCACUCAACUUUAGUUUUGUGUAUCGUUGGCAUAUUCUGAUUUCAUUGGUACAUGUCAGGUUUAGUGGGUGUGUUCGCUCCAUAGUAAAUUGUCAUUACAGUUACAUUUUAAAGGUUUAUCAGUGUUUCCCUUAGAAUUUGUUUUAGCAGUGGUGGCAACUGUCACAGAAGGUG